AGACACCAGGCAUGCGCACUCAAGUCUGUUUACACUGGAUUCAUGAUUCGGAAUGGCAGGGAAGACAGGCAGGAAAGGCAGAGGAAAGAAUCUUAGCCUGUUUUCAAGUUGCUAUCAUCGUCCAAGUAGACCGCAUACCUUGCAGUGGGGUAAUAUUUCCUCAGGCUUGAUUCCCUCAGCUGCUUUUACUGUUGUGCCACGAACCCCAGGUCCAGACACCCCACCUGGUACGAACAUCGCUUUGGCGUCUUCCUCAGGGACACUUAACGCAUCACUGCUAGCGAGAGCCAUGAAUCCACCGACUGCAGAUGACGAUGUCUUCAGUGACCCAGAAAGUAGUCUCUUUGACUACCAGGUCAUGGAGGAAGCUGGGUAUUCUUCCGUAGAGUUUGGACAAGCUGGUGGCAGCAGGAAGCGGAUUAGUUACUCAGACAGGGAGCCCGUACCUUUACCUGGCCCAUCCAGCCUCAGAGAACAUGCUAUUGACGAGGAAAUCCCAGGUCAGUUUUACCACUCGCUGGAGCGACAUGAAGACAUUGACGAUCAGAAUGUGCUGUAUGCUAAACCUGUCAAGAAAGGAAAGAGAACUACUUCAGUGGAGGAUCCAACACUGCAACAAACGGGACAGAGAGUGCAAGAAGCUUACCGUCAGGUCAUAGAGCCAGACUCGGAUGAAUUCCAAGAGGAAAUGACCACACAGAAGGUAACCACGGUUACAAUAGAGAGGACGCCGACGGACAGACCCACAAGGCAGUCCACACCUAGAGAGGUACAAGAGGACACUUUGGUCAAAUCAUCCAAGGAAGACCAAUUAAUGCCGGCAGAAACUCUUGGUGCAACUCCAUCCCCCCGCCGGUCAGGCCGACAUUCAGGGUCAAACACUGCCCGUAGUAUAUCUGAAAUACACACCGCCCGCAGCACCGAUAAACUUCAACGAGGCCUGGAGGGACAGAAUGCUCUGCUUCGCUCCAUUAAUGAGUCUCUGGAAGAAGAAGUUACAACAUUCAGACAAGUCACAGCAGCCCUAGAAAAGGGAGACCGAGACACAGCUGCUAAUCUGCUGCUUAAGAAACAGUUAACAGACAUGAAGGAUGAGAAUGAGACGAUGAAGAACACUGUUCACAGACUGACGGUGGAGCUCAGCGAGUACCAGGCCAAAUACCGAACACUCAAGUCAGAGGAGAGAUCGAUUGCUUCAGAGUUAUUUGGUUUACCAAGCAAAGGACCGUGUCCAUCAUGGCUGAUAAAUACCAAGUACUUGUCCCCUCUUUUUCUGGCAUAUGAUGAUAGACUAGAGGAGAGAGACAAGGUCAUUAAGAGAUACCAGCUGGAGAUAGAAAAGCUCACGCUACAGGCUGAGGACAUUGUCACUGAGAACCAACAGCUGCAGGAAAAGUUUGAACGAAUUCAGACUGACAACCCAGUGGAUGUGAAUGACUGGGAAAAUCUAAAAGAGAAUGCACGACUAGUUCUGGAGGAGAACCAGAAUUUGCUUGAGCAGAUUGAAAUAAAAGAUCAAAAAGCCCAAGACAUGCAUCAGGCCCACAUGCAGGAAGUAUCUAAGGUAACCAAACAGUUGGUACUACUAAAAGCAGAGAAGGUUGACCAGGAUCAAGACUUGGAGGAUUUCAAGAGGCGAUACAAAGAACUUAAAACUAAAUAUGAUGCCAUGAUUUUGGAAAACCAGAGCCAGGAAUCAGCAGAAUCUUAUAUCAAUACUAUUGCAGAACUUAAGAGGAGUAUUACAGAAAAAGAAGAAAAUUAUCACCGAGAGGUUCAAAAUCUGAAAAUCAAGAUUCAGGCUGUACAAGAGGAGAGGAGAACACAGAGUUUGAAUUUUGUGGAAUUACAAGCUGAAAACAAACGAUGCUUAGCUGAACUAAGAGCGAUGAGGAAGGCCAUUAGGAAAGCACAGAGUAAGAUGAUAUACCUGCAGAAGGCAAUAGAACAGUCCGAAUUAAAGGAACAGAAUGUUCAAGAACAGCUGGCUUCUGUCAUCAAAGUGGCUGAGAAAACUGCAUAUGAAAGAGACUCUUUUGCAAAAGCAGUAAGGGAUCGAGAAACAGAAGCAAAGAAGGCCAUGCACAAAAUGUUUCAUAACAGUGUGUCAAAGGGCAAAAUGGAGGAGAAGCUGAAGUUAUAUAAGUUAAAGGCUGCCGCUAAAAUCAAUACAGUGGCUGGAAGGCUCAAAGAACAGGAUGAAGUAUUUACGAACCAGAAGAAAGAAUACGAGAGAGAAAUCAACCACUUACGUCUGCUUCUUCAGGAGAAGGAACACAACCUGUUUGAUAUUGCCACAGAAAAAAGGGAAGUAGAGGAUGAACUGGAGAUAGUUUGGCAAGCUGCAAAUACUGAAAAUGACCGGAUGAAGACUGUGCUUCACAAGACAAUGAAAAAAAUCAGACAGCACGAACAGUUAGCAGAAGCUAUAGAUCAGCAAGAACCUAAAAAGAUUGUAUACAUAUCAUCUGAUGGUGAAGGAGAUUGAUAAAACAUGUAAAGAACUCAUACUCAACGCAAUCUACCGAGAAAUGGGGCCAAUCUUAUUGUGAAUGAAAACAACUAACUGCAAACUUGGUCAUCUUGCUUUCAAGGACACUUUAAGUAGGGGAUCAGAAGGGGAACCCUAAGCAAGAGAAGUAUUCAUUGCAUUUCAGACAGCAGAACAGGUGCUUCAAGGGCAGCAUUUGUCAAUGUUGGAUUCAUUGUGAUAAUGGCAGUACACAUGUCAAAAAAGUCCUCUUAUUGUUUGUCAUGUAUAAUCAGUGAUUAAUUCAACAUGUAAACUAUGCAAUUAGAAACAUAAAGCCAAAGAAUCUGUAUAAAUGUAGCGUAUUCUAUUUUCCAAAGAGUAAAUGUAGAAGAAGUGACAGGUGAUUGUAGGGUGAAACAUGGAAAACAAUGUAACAAAUACAAAGGAAGCAUUUAAACUGAAAAAUGAUUUCAUUUUGUUGUAAGUUACUAGCUAGUCAUUAGACAGCGUGCUAUCCGUCAGUCAAAAAUAAGACCAUUUUCCAUUUUAAAAAAAAUUAUAUUUAAAUAUUACUACAUUAGAAUGAUUAAAACUUUCAGUAGCAAAAAUGAUAUGUCUAUCAAAUACACGUAUAUGUAGGUAUUAAAUACAUUGGCUGUUUACAAUUGCAUCUAUGACAUCGCAGAAAAAAUUAAUGAAAAAAAUAAAGAAACAGAAUACCACAUUUUUUCUUUAAAAAGUAUGAAUCUAACGAUAUCAUAAUAAUAAUUUAUUUUACAGUUUUGAAGGAAUUUCUUUUUCUGACAUUUAAUUUUUGGACAGAAAUUGUCGUUCAACAAAUGAAAAGAGUUUGAGCUACAUGUAUCUAAUUCCAGUCUCUCAAUCUAAACAUAAUUUUUUCUGAUAUAUGUACAUGUAGUUAAAUUAUUGAUAAAACUUUGUGGUAAGUCGAUGUUUGGAUUGGGCAUUUGAUUGUGUGCAAUACAAAGCGCUAUUCAAUUUUGAAAUGUGAAUUGCAUUUAGACAGUCAAGCAUGACCUCUGUUGAUAAAACUUUGCAACAGCUGAUGAAUUCUUAACCAACAAAUUUGUAAAUGUAAUGAAAUUACAGCAACUUGAUUGUUCUAGGAUCGAUUGAAAACUGACUUUAGGCCCUGUAUGUUAUAAUGUGCACACCUUAACAUGUCCGGUGAUAUUGAAUCUCACAUUCAGGUUUUUAUAGAAUCUGAUUAUGUUGACAGAUGGCAAUUGUAUGUUUCAUUUAAUUUGGUGCUAUAUGUUACACAAUUAUUAAAUUAUUUUGUUAUAUUUGUGAUUUUUCCGUCCAAAGAUGUUGCAUGUAGUAGUGCAUUUAAACAUAUGUUUUAAAAAUAUGCACACUUUUUAAUUUCAUUUCUUUAUCUUUUAAAUGAAAGAGCAAGGAUUAGCAUGCCUUAGCCCACUCUCUUGUUUUGAUUUCGCAGAAGAGAGUCGGAUGUUUAGGGUGCUGAAAAGAAAAGGCAUGAAAGAGGAGAAAGAACUAUGUUUUUAUGAAAUUUUAUGUAAGAUAUACGGAUAUUAGUUAUACAGGGUUGUCCCAAAAUUCCGUGGACUAGACUUAUAACUUUUAAAGUGUCGAUUUAAUUUCAUAAAAACUGUUAUGUAUUACCAAUUAUACCAUUGUUGACCAAUACCCAAAAUUUCAACUUUCCACUUUAUUUAGCUUUUUUGAGAAAAUUAAUGAUUUUACAAUAAGGUUGUGCUCGGCGGCGCAACCUAAUGGACGUCAAAAUUUUCUCGCGGUGUUCGCGCGUCUGAGAAAAUCCUUCGAAGAUGAAAUCCUACUUUGAUUCUCUUCACCUUUAAAAGCCGAAGUACCCAACUGCACAUACUCUAUGCAUUCAUGAAUUAUCCAUAGAAUGCGGUGAACAGACGAAUUGCUGAUUCCCAAAAUUUCUUUGAUCUCUAGUGCAGUCAGACGUCUGUCUUCCGGAAUAGCGUCAUCAUUUCGCUGGAUUUUUGCACCUAACUGUCGCACGAUAUAUCAUAAUUCAUUUAAAUAUUCCGUCAUAAUGAUAAAAAUUUCCAGGUAUAUAAAUGAAUAUCUAAACAAAAUUCCUCUAUUAAAAUAUACUAUCAGCAAUAAAAUGAACAAUGUUUUUUUCAGCGAUUGUAAUUUCGUUUCAAUUAUUUAAAAUCGCUAUUUUUUACACUGCGCCGCUUUAUGCUUCCCUAUAAUGAAAAACCUGAAUUUUUCCUAUUCAAUGUCAAUUAAUAUUGGAAAUUUUUACAUCUUUUUAUUGAAAACUGUUUGCUCUUCAUGUUUUAAAAGUUUAAUUUCUCGGGGACGUUAGAUAAUUGAAAAACGCCGCUUGUCCACGGAAUUCUGGGACAACCCUCGUAUUUUUAGAUUACUAAUUGUUAAACCCUGUACCUUUGGUAGAUUUACGUAAAGACUGCACAUUUAUUUAUUGAUAGGAAAUCUAAUCCAGUCUACAUUGUAACUGUAAAGAACUAAAACAAAUAUUAAUGCUCAAUGUGAAAACUAGAGUACAUUUAUGUAUUUCAUUGCUACUCUCAGCUCAGUAAUGCUUUAAUCUUGAAACUUCUGAUUCUGUCAAAAAAUGUUUGUACCAUAAUAUUAAACGAUAUAUAUGUACAUUUA